AUGGGGCAAAGGCAGCUAGCUCUCGGGGUGCUCCUGCUGGUGACUCUGGCGGCCGUCGCAACAACGGCAAACGCGGUGACGCCUGACCACCCUCUUCUCCGGAACAAGCGCGCCCUUCGCCUCAACGUGCCCUGUAUUUCCAAUGGGCAGUUCUACCGUAACCCUAACACCGACCCUGAGAAAGUCCGCAACCUUAGCGAGUGUGCUAAGUACUAUCUCUGUUUAGAUGGCGAAGUGUACGAAUUCAAGUGUUCAGUGGGUCUGCUGUUCGACAUCGACCGCCAGAUCUGUGAUUUCAAGUCCAAAGUGUUCAACUGCGGCACUCAUAUCCAGCUGACGACGCCGAAGCCGCUCCUGGACACGGACGAGCCCAUCUGCGGUUACGGCGAGUACGCAUGCGCCGACAAGACCUGCCUACCGUCUGAGCUCUUCUGCGACGGGCAAGUUGACUGUUACGAUGGCUCUGACGAGGGAUGGUGCGACGCCGAGAACGACCCUAACGCCGCCCCCCGAUGCGACUACAAGAACUGCACGCUUCCUUGGUGCUUCUGCUCCCGGGACGGCACCCUCAUCCCCGGCAACAUGGAGCCCGCGCAGGUUCCCCAAGUCAUCUCAAUAACCUUCGACGAUGCAGUGAACUACGAGAACUGGGAUAUUUACAAUCAGCUGUUCACCGAGUCGAGAACCAAUCCCAACGGCUGUCCUAUUCACGCCACUUUCUACGUCUCUCACGAGUACAGCAACUACCAGUACGUCCAGAAGCUGUGGAACGACGGCCACGAGAUAGCUGUGCACUCUAUCACUCACAAAGGUCCCGAGAGCUUCUGGAGUAACAACGCGACCAUCGAGGACUGGUUUGACGAGUUCGUAGGCCAAGCGAACAUCAUCAACCGAUUCGGAGGCGUCAGGAUGGAAGAUCUUUGGGGUGUUCGUGUGCCGUACCUCCGAGUGGGAUGGAACCGUCAGUUCAUUAUGAUGCGUGAGUUUGGCUUCGUGUAUGACUCGUCCAUGGCGGCGCCCUUCUCGAACCCGCCCCUCUGGCCUUACACCUUGGACUACAAGAUGCCCCACAAGUGCCUGGGUACUGGUCAGAAGUGCCCAUCGAGGCCCUUCCCUGGCAUCUGGGAGAUUGUACUGAACCAGUUACAGACAGGGGAAUACACAUGCGCCAUGAUGGACCAGUGCCCGCCCUUGCCUGACGACGAGGAAGUCUACGAAAUGCUCAUGCACAAUUUCAAACGCCACUACAACAGCAACAGGGCACCUCUAGGCCUAUACUUCCACACCAUUUGGUUUAAGGUCAAGCAUAACAUGAAGGGAAUGCAGAAAUUCCUGGACGAGGUGAUGAAACUCCCGGAUGUGUGGGUCGUCAAUAAUCAAGAGCUCAUUCAGUGGAUGCGCGAACCCGUUCCGAACGCUCAACUGAACUCGUUCGAACCUUGGAAGUGCUCGAAAACAGUCCCUCAGGAAGACCAGGCCUGCAACAUCCCGAAGUCGUGCAAGCUGAGGAACCGGGCCGUCCGCGGGGAUAGGUACCUGCACACCUGCUACGAGUGCCCGGACAUGUACCCGUGGCUCAAGAACGAAUUCGGUGUCGAUCUCUAAGAGGCCAGGCACAAAGCGAGGGAGUUUUGUCUACCCUUUUAAUUUUUUAGGGAGGGUAGAUUCUAGUGUGGAGAGAGCGAGAACGUUUCCAUGGAUACUGUGAACGCGUGACAGCUUGCCAUUAAACGUUAACAUUACGAACAGGAACACGCACACGCACACGCACACGCACACGCACACUCACACGCACACGCACACGCACACGCACACGCACACGCACACGCACACGCACACGCACACGCACACGCACACGCACACUCACACACACACACACACACACACACACACACACACACACACACACACACACACACACACACACACACACACACACACACACACACGCGCGCGCGCGCGUGCACACGAUUACGCAAACUGUCCAUAGGAAAGAGUUGCAUGCAUAGACGGUGAUUGGCAAUCAUCUCGACUUCAGAUGUGCUCAUAUAAAGUGCCGCCGGUCGGCGUCGGCGCGUGACUGGGUCUGUAAAUAAGCAUUGCAUUUGGCCGUUCCUGCUUUGUUUCUGUUGUACUUGGUAGUCUGUCCAAAGAUACGAGAUUCGACUAGUCACACGCCUGUAUGUUUUUUUUUUUACUCUAUUUCUUUGUUUCUGUCUAUGAUUUCGGAUUGUUGUUCUAUCUAUCUUGUGUUGUUAUGUUUAUUAUAGUUUAUUUAUGUUUCUUGUAAAUACUUUUGAAUGUUUUACAUUAAAAAUGUGCAAUAUUUCGUGAA